AUUUCAUUGGCACUGUCUCUUUCAACUUAAGAGCGAAAUUGUCUGACUUAUACCAUCUUUAUAAACCAUCUCAACCUCCGAUUACCCAAUUUCAACAUGCCUUCUGGUCAGUGUAUGUGUGGUGCAAUCAAGUUGCAGGUCUCUGGCGACCCAGUCGCUGUAGGCCUCUGCCACUGUCUUGACUGCCGCAAAACCUCUGGCAGCACGCAUGCCACCAAUUGGUUCGUCCCCGAAGCCAUGUUCUCAGUCGAAGGAAACCCCAAGACCUUCGAAACAACUGCGAACAGUGGCAGUAUUGUCACGAGCUACUUUUGCGAAACCUGUGGAGUCACAAUGUAUCGCGCUGGAACUGGCAUGCCAGGGAUGAUGUUUGUCAAGGCGGGCGUUCUGGACGACCCUGAGCUCAUCAAUUCGUUUGUGCCGCAAGGCGAAAUCUUUGUUUCUCGGCGUGCGGAGUGGUUGUCGCCUAUUUCUGGGGCAUCGCAGAAGGAGGAGAUGAUUUGA